AUGUCUGUCGCCAGCUGCUAUGCGGACGCGGUUCUAGGUCCGGACGCGGAGGACGUGUACGGCGCUCGGUUCAUGCAGCCUCCCCCGCACGCGACAGCCCCGAGCAGGCCGCCAGGCGCCGGCGACCACCACACCGACUUCUCCUCCUGCAACUUCGCUCCCAAAUCCGCCGUCUUCUCGGCGCCGUGGCCCCCGGUCCACCCGCAGGGGAUCUACCACCACCACCCUUUUGCCCAACAAACGGACCCGAGAUGCCUUGGGGCGCGACCCUGGAUGGAGCCGGUCCCCAACCACGUCGCCCGCUUCGCCGGAUUCGCCCCCGGCCGACGCGCGCCGUGCGCCCGGAAGCCGCAGCUCUCCCCGCCGAAGAUCGGCGACAACCAGCCGGGCCUGGAGGCUGGAACUCGGGCUCUGGCCGGGCACCGGCCCGAAGCUCCGGAAAGGGCUCGGGCUGGAGGCGAGCUGUCCAUCUCCAGUGAGCCCAAAGACGAGAAACGAGUUGACCCAAGCAAAUCGGCGGCCCACCAGGCGGCCAACCCGGCGUCCCACCAGGCGACCAACCCGGCAGCAAACUGGAUCCACGCGCGCUCCAGCAGGAAGAAGCGCUGCCCCUACACCAAAUAUCAGACUCUGGAGCUGGAGAAGGAGUUCUUGUACAACAUGUACCUGAGCCGGGACCGCCGCUACGAGGUGGCCCGCAUCCUGAGCCUGAGCGAGAGGCAAGUCAAGAUCUGGUUCCAAAACCGCAGGAUGAAAAUGAAGAAGAUGAACCGAGACAGAGGCGGCAAGGAGCAGUUGUAGGAUUCCGCUGAGAACUGUUUUGGUUUGUUUGGUUUUUGCUGUUUUUUAAGCACAAUUUCCAUUAUUUUAAGUCGAGGCACUCGAAUACUGAGAGACACUGUGUGGAUCAUCAUUUUCCUCACCUCUUUUUUUGUCCUUUUUACUUUGCAACUGGAUUCAGGUGACAAAAAGCAUUG